AUGGCUCCUACAAUCCGAGUGAUCGGCUCUUUAAACGUGGACAUGGUGUCCGUGACGCCUCGAUUCCCCGAAGCCGGCGAGACCAUCACUUCCUCGUCGUAUUUCAUUAGCGCCGGCGGCAAGGGCGCCAACCAGGCCGUUGCCUGCGGACGGCUGUCGCGAUCGAAGAACGACCCCUCCCCGCCAUCGGGCAAGUCGCCCGUCAAGGUGGAAAUGGUUGGCGCCGUGGGAGGACUGGACGGACACUUCGACGCGCUGCUGAAACCGACGCUGGAGAAAUCGGGCGUUGAUGCGUCCCGCGUCCAGGUCAUUGGGGAUGCCUACACGGGCGUGGCGGUCAUCGUUGUCGACGAGUCGGCCGGCGGCGAGAAUCGCAUUGUGUUCUCCCCCGGCGCCAACUACCAGGGCAUGAAGCCGGAACCGCAGGUGUUGGGCAUGGGGUUGGCGGCGCCCGUGCCGGACGUGAUUGUCAUGCAAGGGGAGAUCCCCGUGGACACAACGAUUGGGAUUCUGCGGGAGCUGGCGGCGUUCAAGGUGAAGAACCGGGCGGAGGGCAAGCGAGGCAUCGAGGUGGGUCCGGACGUCCUGUUCAACCCGGCCCCUGCGCCGCCGGGUGGACUGCCAGAGGAUGUGUAUGCGGCGGUGGACCACUUCGUGAUGAACGAGACGGAGGCGGGGCUGAUGUCUCCGCCGGCAGGGCAGUUGUUGAAGGUUGUUCCGGACGCGGAGGGUCAGCCCAGCAACGAGAAGGUGGCGCGGUACUUCCACCAGCUAGGGGUGACCUACGUGCUCAUCACGUUAGGGUCCAAGGGCGUCUGGUACAGUGCCACCGAGGCCAAGACCUCCGGCCCGGUCGACGGCGUCAACCGAUUCACGAACCAGCUGCCUGCCGCCAAGGUCAGCCAGGUGCUCGACACGACCGCCGCCGGAGAUACCUUUGUGGGAGCGUACGCGGUGGAGGUGGCGCGAUGGCGCGAGCAGCGACGAGCCGAUGGCAAGGUCGGGCAGGACGUGACGACGGAGGAGAAACCGGUCCGCUAUCAGCAGGUGAUGAACGAGGCGUUGGGACUGGCAACGCGAGCCGCAGCCCGCGGGGUCGAGCGACGAGGCGCGAUGGACAGCAUUCCUUGGGAGGACGAGAUCUGA